AUGGGUCUUUUCGGCAAGAAGAAGGAAGAGGAGCCAGAGCCCAUCCCGCUCUUGGACCCCGUUGAGCCCCCGAUCUCCGUGUUCCCCAACAUGACGCGCGAUCGCCAGGUCUCGCUUGAGUACAGGCAGAAGCUGAUGACGAUGAAGACUGAAGACUUCACGGUGUUCGACUCGGACAACGACGAGCCCAUCGUCACUGUCACUGGACCGGCGAUGUAUGCGCGCAAGUUUAAGACCGUGACGCUCCCGAACGGCGAGCCCCUGUUCAAGAUGCGCGUCAAGCUUGCGGCCGUCAACCUCCGCAUCAUCUGCGAAGACGCCGAGCGCGGGACGGAGUUCUUCCAAAUCAACCGCGAAUGGGCAUUCAAGCUGAAUCUCCGCCAAAAUCUCACCGUCGGAGACUCGCCUACGUUGCACCUCGUUGGCAGCGCUGGCGGGUCGCAGGCCAAGGUGACGCUGAAGGACUCGGGCCAGCUCGUGGCGGUGCUCGACCGUGUGCGCUGGGGCAAGGAGGGGAUGCAGAACAAGCUGACCUAUCGUAUGGCGGUUGCGCCAGGCGUUGACCUCGCACUCAUAACUGCGCUUUGCCUGGCCUGGGACAAGGCGAAGGAGGACGACAGGAAGCGAGCGGCUGCCGCGUCUAGCGGUGGCGGCGGUUAG